UGGGUUUGGGUCUUGUCAGCACUACAGGCACCUCUCAAGCCUCUCCAGCCUUCCCCGGCGGUCGCAGCCAGUGAUCUUCCAACAAAUGUGGCACCUUUAAUCAUCUUUGAUACUUCAGAAGAACAGAAUUGUCCAGAGAACUCCAGUGCUGCAAGAUGUCCAGUGCCAAGACCAAGAUCAAAAGCCAACCUCAGACCAGUAGCCAGAGACGGUCACAUUAAAGAGCCAAAUCACCAGAAAACCGGCCCCACGGCCACAGAAAAGGAGUCUUUGCUGAGCCAGCCUCAGUCUUUGUUGGACAGUACCAACGACUUGGAGAGUCAGGCAGUGAUGAACAUUAUGAACACAGAACGAAGCCAAAAUAGUGUCGUUUCAAGAAUCAAAGCAUUUGAGGGUCAGGCUAAUAAAGAAACCUCGGGACCGCCGGCAAAACCGGAAAUUGCUCCCCGCACACUCCCCCCCAGGCCUGCUAUUCCCUCAGGGAAACCCUCAGUGGCUCCCAAGCCGGCUGCCAGCAGAGCUUCUGGAGAGUGGGACUCCUGGACUGAAAACAGACUCAAGGUGGCCCCUAGGGAAGGGCUUACCCCACACUCUCCACUGCAAGUAGGGAGCAUCCCAGCAACCAAACCUGAAUUGCCAAAGAAACCAAAUGCUGGCCUUACACGAAGUGUUAAUCAUGAGAUUCUGGGAGGAGGGCCCGUGGCUGAGAGCCCUGACGGGGGGAAGAAAGUCCCAACUCCUGCUCCUCGGCCUCUGUUGCCGAAGAAAUCGGUUUCCUUAGAAAACCCCAACUCUACAGCUCUGCCGAAACCAGUCACUGUUCCUCCCCGACUCUCAGUGGCGUCACAGGCCAAAGCAUUCAGGUCACUGGGAGAAGGACCCCCGGCCACCUCCCCAGCUCCAGCCCUGCAAAGCAAGCCUCCAGGGGACAUUGACCUCAUCAGUUUUGAUGAUGAUGUUUUACCCACACCAGCUGGGAACCUGGUUGAAGAAUCUCUUGGUUCAGAGAUGGUUCUGGAUCCCUUUCAGCUCCCCAUAAAAACAGAACCAACAAAAGAAAGAGCAGUUCAACCAGCACCCACCAGGAAGCCCACUGUGAUUCGAAUUCCAGCCAAACCAGGAAAAUGUUUACAUGAGGAUCCACAAAGCCCACCUCCUCUCCCUACUGAAAAACCUAUUGGAAACACUUACAGUACGGUAUCUGGAAAACUCAGUUCUGUUGACAGAACUAGAAACUUGGAAUCUGAUCACACGGGUCAAACAGGAGGUUCUGUGCGAGGACCCCCAAGGUUGCCACCAAGACCUGUAAAUGGAAAAGUUAUACCAGCUCGACAACCUCCUCCCAAGGGAGCCCCUGAGAGACCACCUCCCCCGAAACUUUCUGCAACCAGAGCAUCCAAUAAAAAACUGCCUUUUAAUCGGUCUUCUUCUGACAUGGAUCUUCAGAAAAAGCAAAGUAACUUGGCAUCUGGACUCUCAAAAGUCAAGAGUCAAGUCUUUAAAACUCAAGAUCCGGUGCUGCCCCCUCGCCCCAAACCAGGACACCCUCUAUACAGGAAAUACAUGCUGUCUGUGCCUCACGGAAUUGCCAAUGAAGACAUUGUCUCCCAAAACCCUGGAGAACUCUCCUGUAAGCGUGGGGACGUACUUGUGAUGCUGAAGCAAGCAGAGAAUAAUUACUUGGAAUGCCAAAAGGGAGAAGCUAUUGGCAGAGUUCACCUGUCUCAGAUAAAGAUUAUCACCCCACUUGAACAUCUUAGAAGCAGACCAAACGAUCCAAACCAUGCUCAGAAGCCUGUUGACAGUAGUGCCCCUCAUGCUGUUGUUCUUCAUGAUUUUCCAGCAGAGCAAGCUGAUGAUUUGCACCUCACUUCUGGAGAAAUUGUUUAUCUUCUGGAAAAAAUAGACCCAGAUUGGUAUAGAGGGAGAUGUAGAAACCAGACUGGCAUAUUUCCUGCCAACUACAUCAAAGUAAUUAUUGACAUUCCAGAAGGAGGAAAUGGGAAAAGAGAAUCCGUUUCAACUCAUUGUGUUAGAGGCCCAAGAUGUAUCGCUCGGUUUGAAUAUAUUGGAGACCAGAAGGAUGAGUUAAGUUUCUCGGAGGGAGAAAUUAUUAUUCUUAAAGAGUAUGUGAAUGAAGAAUGGGCCAGAGGAGAUCUUCGAGACAGAACUGGGAUUUUCCCCCUUAACUUUGUAGAACUCGUGGAGGACCAUCCCACCUCUGGUGCCAGUGUUUUAAACACAAAGGUACCACCGAAGACCAAAAAAGAUGAUUAUGGUGCAAAUUCUCAGGAUAGUAGUCUUUCUGGAGAAUGGUGUGAAGCCCUUCACAAUUUUACAGCAGAGACCAGUGAUGACUUAUCCUUCAGGAGGGGAGACCGGAUCCUGAUCCUUGAGCACGUGGACUCUGAGUGGUGCAAGGGCAGACUGCGUGACAGGGAGGGGAUCUUCCCAGCAGUCUUUGUGCGGCCCUGCCCAGCUGAGGCAAAAAGCAUGUCUGCUUUAGCACUGAAGGGGAAGAAGGCCAAAGCCUUAUAUGAUUUCCAUGGGGAGAAUGAAGAUGAGCUUUCCUUCAAGGCUGGAGACAUCAUAACAGAGCUGGAAUCUGUAGAUGAUGACUGGAUGAGUGGAGAACUAAUGGGAAAAUCUGGAAUAUUUCCCAAAAACUAUGUUCAGUUUUUACAAGUCAGCUAAAGGUGAAGCUUGACUGUUCUUUGGCACAAGAACUCACUUGAACUAUCACUUUGACUAUCAGAUAUGUUUUUGCACUAUUUUUGUAAACUGAAAUAUCUAUGUACAUGGUACACUAGAAUUUUCUGAAAGCAG